AUGGCUUGCGAGGGAAAAGUUUGGGCCAGGUAAAGAGUGUUGGGAUCUCAUUUGAGGAAUAUUUCGAUUGACAUGUCAUUCCAGGUGUUUUCUUUGCACUAAUCGGUCGUUAAAUUUGAUAAACAGGCUAUUACUGGAUCUUAAGGAACUUUCUGAGGUAAGGCUCGGAAAUUGAUGUACUCGUAAUUAUUUUCUCCCAGGUUGCUCAUUAUCUUGUCCUAUUCUUAGUGGCUCAAGUAAAUAAUUUUUUAAUGUUUCUGUUAUAUAGCAUCAAGACAGUCUUAUCUCGGCAUUUCCAUCUGGCGAUGGCAUCUUAGAGUGGAUUGGAACAAUUUAUGGAGGAAAGGAUACGGUAAAGUAUCUUUUUUUCUUUGUGCCAGGCUCAGCUUCUAGUUCCACCCCGACCAGAGUUUCUGUGUGUUUCUUGUUGAAAGCAAAAAAUUGCUUUUACAAAAAUCAAAAAACCUCAAAAAGCACUGUAAAUAUUAAAGAAGCGUUAUUUAGAAGUCGCCAGGGCUUAGGAUGUAGGCAGGAGAGAACAUCAGAGUCUGAAAGUUACCCUUGCUUAUCGCAUUUUUCCUUCUCUCCGAUGAGAAAAUUUUUUAGUGUUUUCGUUGAACGGUUGACGCAAGCUCUGUACUUGACAUUUCAUUGUAGGUCUAUGAUGGGAAAAAGUACCAAUUAACCCUAGAAUUUCCAAGCACGUAUCCUCACAAACCUCCUGUAGUCAAAUUCAAGACGCCAUGUUAUCACCCUAAUGUGGACGACAAAGGAAACAUUUGCUUAGACAUUCUAAAGGUACAGUAGGCUAAAUAUUGUUUAACUUGUCAUUAUUGGGUAAAAGGGCUUCUGGAAAGUGUGUUGCUAGGCGCACUGUGAAAUGGAAUGCAGAGUAACAAAUUGACGUUACUUGAUCAUGCAUUAUUUUGCAGGACAAAUGGACUUCUGCAUAUGGCGUCAGAAGCAUAUUGCAUUCCAUACAAGCGUUAUUGGGAGGUAACAAAUAAUUUAAUUCAGUUGUGAGUGACUAUGAAACUGAGAAAUAAAAAUUUAACCUGCUUUUCAAAGCAAGGGAUUUUGAAAUAAAGCAAGGUGUUUUAUGACAAUUAAAGAAUUUGACCAAUCAGUGAUAGAGAUAGAGCCUAAAAAUGUAACGAGUAACCACAUGAAAAGUAAUUUGUUUCUUUUCAGCACCAAACAAUGACAACCCACUUAAUGUUGAUGCAGCUCAGAAAUGGAAUAAUAAAGCUGGUAAUGUUAUGUAA